AUGGAACACUUCGGUCAUGCAUCCACCUCCAAUCGCCUCAUGCGCGGCUGGGCGGCCAUCGCCUUGGCCUGCGGAAUCGCAGAUGCCGAGGGAGAUGGCGACUGCUUGCGCCUCAUGGACUUGCAGCUCCGCCAGAGCCACGUUCAAGAUCCGAUCUGCCAGCAGAAGAUCGCAGGCGGAGUGUUCGGCAUAUGGUAUCCUGGCGCGCGCAAAGCCAUCUGCCCGUGGAGCUCCAUCCGCUCCUUCUCGAUCAAUCUGCAAAGCAGCUGGGACUCGCUCCCAUCCUCCGAGCGGGACGCCUGGCAGGUGCUGGAGCUGGAUGAGACCGCUUGGAAGCGGCUCCAGUCCGGCAGCACUCCUUUGAGACGAUUUGAGCACCUGACCAGCGCCCAGCAAGCGGCAGUUCUCUACGGCCUGCGGGCGGACGCCUCCGAGUGGAAUGCUUUGGUGGAGAGGUCGCCGGAAGCGGAAGAACGGCAAGUCGCAGCGGUUCCAGCGCGCAGUUCUGGAUUGGUGGAUUCCAUCAUCGGUGGUGCUUGGCACCUCACCAAGCGCUACGGCCCUGCCUUGGGCGCCCUGCUCGCCAGCGACGUUGCGAGGACGCCGUCGAGGCGCUCGAAUGCGCCGCUGGCAGCGCAUGUGGUGGGACAACUGCUUCAGCAGCUGCCCUGGGCCUUAGAUUUGCGCGAGGGCCCGGUGACGGUGGAUGGCCUCGAGACGGUGCUCUACUUGGAUGACUCAGCAUCGAUGAGCGGCGCCAACCUGUCAGAAGCUCAAGCUUCCUUGCGAAAGAUGGCUCACCUCUUGCAGGACAGCCCCACGCGCGUGUGCACGUUCGCGGACGUCAAGCAGGUCAUCGUUCCUAGGGAGCCCAGAGCUGCUCCAUCAAAGCAGACGGCUGUGCUGGCCGGCGGAGAGAGUCCACGCUACUUCAGCAACAAAUUCGACCAUUUGGACCCGGCGAUUCUGUGCCUGCAGUGGACAGGACGAGCCCCUGGCACCUAUAUGUGGCACAUGAUUUUGAAGGAUCUGAGAGACAAGUACAUCCCAGGCAAGGGCAAACUGCGGGUCAUCGUCAUUACCGACGGCUUGGACGUGAGUAGUCCUCAGCCCUACCAGGGGAUUCAGGGCAUGGACCCGAUGAUGAAAGAGCUCUUGAAGGAUGGCUAUGAUAUCGAAUGGCACAUCGUAGUGGUGGACAUCUCGACUGGCAUUUUAGGAUCAAUGAUUGAGAAAGCGGCUACAUCCAGAUACGAGGCGCUGGCGGAAAGCACUGGCGGAGGCUUCCUGCAUAUCGACCAGCCGGGGGUAAUGGACGAUUUUAGUUCUAGGCAUUUCUUGAGCUCGCUUGAGAAAGCCGUCACCGGCGGCAAGACAAACUUCCUGAACAGUGACGAGUUCAAGCAGCAGCGCGGCGUCUACUGCGCGCGGCUGCAGGAGGUCGAGCGCCCAAGGCCCUUCCUUGCAGCCUGCGCGCCACCGCCCACCGAAGUUGAGGCAACGUACCACGACUUCCAAGAGAUCUCCUUGGCAGCGCUGAUUUUGGCGGCCUACCAGCAUCAGCUUCCGGUCCUGAAAAGCUUGGUGUCCUCGCUGUACCAUGCCCGCCACCACUUCCUGAUCCACGUGGACCUCAAGAGUGCGACGCUCCUGGAAGGCUUAAAAGCCUGGGCGGCGCCCUUCCGCAACGUGCACGUGCGCUCCCAAGUGUCGGUGAAGCGCUCUGGCGCCUCGCUGCUGGCGGCGGAGAUCUAUGGCAUGCUGGAGCUGCUGAACCUCUCGGCGUGGCACUACUUCCUGGUACUCUCCGACAGCGACCAGAUGGCCGGGGGCCCGGAGUUGGGCGAACUCCACCGGCCAAGGAGUGACUCAACUCCUUCCAACGUCAACCAAGCCGUGAUCGCGGCAACUGUGUGA